ACCCGACAUUGUAUCGAUCAUUGUGAUAUUAUUGCCAUGCCAAGCAUCAUGGGACUUCCUGGAAGUCUCAGGAUGCUUCUACUCUCGGUCUGGUUUUUCUGCUCAUUGACAGUUCUGGAAAGUCUUGAGUUGUCCACUUCUUCUACGAGUGAUGCACGGGAAUUAGAUGCUCUUCUCCAAGACCAUGCUUACCAGGCAUUUGCACGUCCAAGAACAGGUGUUGUUUACCAAGGGGUCGUCCCCUCCAAUCUGACUGGAAUUCAGGUAUCAGCAAUGAGGCUGAGAAGUGGGAGCUUAAAGACUAGGGGAGUGAGUAUGUACCAAGAGUUUGUUAUACCCGUGGGUGUGGUGGAGCAGCCUUAUGUUGAAAGGCUUGUUUUGGUCUACCAGAACUUGGGCAAUUGGUCUAUGACGUAUUACCCCCCUCUUCAAGGUUACAUGUAUUUAGCCCCUGUAUUAGGUCUUCUUGCUUACGAUGCUUCAGAUUUGAUGGCUAAGAAUCUGCCCGAACUCGAUAUCCAGGCAUCCGGUGAGCCCAUAUCUAUCAAGUUUUCAAGCAUUACAAGAGUGCCUGAUGGUUUGGUUGCCAAGUGCGUAUCAUUUGAUUUGAAUGGAUCGGUCAAUUUGAGCAAUGCAUUAGCAGGUAACAUUUGCACAACAUUCAAACAGGGGCACUUCUCUAUUGUGGCAGAGUCAAUUGCCCCUUCUUCCCCACCAAUUCCGAUGGCACCUCCUCGUAGUCCACCACCACCACCACCACCACCCCCUAAUGAUGAAAAGAAUAAGUCCAAGGUGUGGAAAAUAGUAGGUUCAGUGGUAGGAGGAAUUGCAUUGUUGGUUGUGUUGGGAGGUUUGGUAGUUUGGGGGAGAAAGUACAAGCAAAGGAAGGAAAUGAAUCAAAUGGAGAGGGCUGCAGAUGUUGGGGAAGCUCUGCACAUGACCACUGUUGGAACAACUAAAGCACCAGCGGCUACAGGAACACGCACACAACCUGCCCUUGAAACUGAAUACAUGCCCUAAUUUAUUUUUUCUCUAUAAUUUCUCUGAUGAUUGCACCUAAUUUUCGUGGUGUCUUAUUAUUAGUCCAUUGUUUUGUUGAUUCGUUAGUGGAUGGUUACGGUUACGUUGUUGGUAAUGUGGGGAAAAUAGGUUGUUAUUGGUGUAUAUAAUAAUCUGCCAGCUCUCACAAAACCAUCAUCUUUGUUCCAUUCAAUUUGUAAUUGUGUGCUGCUGCAUUGCAUUUAGGCUGUGACAAGAUUGAUUUUUUAUUUUUUUAUUUUAUUUAUUGACCAGCGAUGAAGGAUAUCUGUUGUGCUGUUGAUGAAGAAUAAAAAGUUUGAAUGUCAUUUAGGUGGUGUCAAUGGUGGAUUAGUAUACUCAAGAUUGUGUGUGGUUCCAACAAAUUAAACUCAAACAAUGACUUGGUAGCAGAGAUGGUAGAUUUGAGUAAAUGAUGAGUUAGUGGUGGUGGUUACACAGAGAAGAAGAAGAAGAAGAAGAAGAAGAAGAAGAAGAAGAAGAAGAAGAAGAA